AUGGAGGAGCAGCGCAGUUCUCUCCUCUCUCAGAAAUCCUCGGACUCGGGACUCCACAUCCAGCUCCAUCCGCUGAUACUCCUCACUAUCUCCGACCACAUCACUCGUCAUGCGGCACGAGGUCAACAAGGUCCGAUUAUCGGGGCCCUACUAGGGCAGCAGAAUGGACGUCAAAUUACUUUGGAGCAUGCGUUUGAGUGUAUCGUGGUGGAGGGCCCGAACGGCGAGGCACAGCUAUCGCAGGAAUGGUUCAUUGAGCGAGUGAAGCAGCUUAAGGAUGUUCACAAAGUUCCCGCCCUCGACCUCGUCGGCUGGUGGUCAACAGCCCCUCCAUCGGGCCCCGACGAGUCCCAUCUCCCCAUCCAUCGGCAGAUCCUCCAAGACCACAAUGAAUCCGCCGUGUUCCUCGCCUUCCAUCCGUCCCAGGUGCAGGGGGCGUCUUCUAGCGGUGGGAAACUGCCGCUGACAAUCUACGAGAGCGUGUAUGAGGGAGAGAACGCCGCGGAUGGCGGCAAGGCUAUGCAAGUGGAUGGCGAAGAACAGUCGCUGAACAUUCGAUUCCGGGAACUACCGUACUUUGUCGAAACCGGAGAGGCCGAGAUGAUUGGGAUCGACACCGUUGCUCGAAGUGCGACGAAUGCUGCUCCGAUUGAGUCGAGUACCGGCGGUACCGGCGAGUCGCAGAAGAAGCAAUCUCGCAGCAAAGAGCAAACGGACAUCCACGUGCUUUCCCAGGAGGAUGAAGAACUCAUCGCCAACCUGAACACCCGCAUCAACGCAAUCCGAGCCCUCGAGUCCCGAAUCUCCCUCAUCAAAUCCUACCUCUCCAGCAUCUCCACUCAAGAACCAAGCUCCGAAAACCCGGCCUCCUCCGCCCCCAAACCCUCCGCAGUCCUCUCGCACCCCAUCCUCCGCAACAUCAACUCCCUCCUUUCGCAUCUCUCGCUUCUCAGCCCGCAAGAACAAAGCGCCUUCUCCGCCGAGGUCCUCGCCCAGAGCAAUGACGUCCACCUCGUCGCUCUCCUCGGCCAACUGAGCCAGAGCAUCAGCGACAUGCGCGAACUCGGCAGAAAAGCCGCCAUCAUGAACAAUGUGCGCCGGAAUAUGCUCUCGAGGAAAACGCAACUCGCCGUGCAGAAUCGGUUCGAUGAUGACUUUUUCGCUUCCCGGGAUGGCAUCGCGCAUGGGUAG